AUGGAGGUAUUUGGCAAAUCUAUGGUAGCUGUCCCUACCAAUGUUAUUUACCUGUCUAGUAUUCUUGGGCUGGACGGGCCCCAGCCCGUCCACAAGUGUGACUGGAAAUGUCAAAACGAACAAAUCUGUGGCAACAUGUAUCGAUGCAGGUUAACUGGACUGACCCAUGUUUGUGACAAAAACUGUAACCAGCGAAUCUUGUAUGACAACCAUAGCUCCCUCUGCCGAGUGAGCAAACAGGUUUUUCCACUGACCCUAGUCGAGCAACAGGCUGUGAAGGGUGUCCGGAGGAAGCUCGAUUCUGAGGGCGGCCCGGCAGAGAUGUGUGGCCUCAAGCGGAGGAGGGAUAGUCAGCUUUGUCCGUCACCUUUCGAGAGAUCAUUUAAUUCUGUGUGGCCUAUAUGCAGUCCAGUUGGCGAUGGCAUGGAUACAAACUAG